AUGCUUCUUCUUAUAUUCGCUUCUGCGUUUGCAAUGAACCUCAAUGAUCGUCUGGCGCAAAUCGCACAGCUGGCUUCCGAGUUUAACAACAACCUACCAGCCGAUACUGGGGUCACCGAGCACGGGUCGAUGGUCACCGCAGUGGGUGUUACGAAAGCAGAUCUAAUGUCGUCUGUCGACAACUAUGUUGACAAUCCUCUUUACAAUCAUACCACCGCCAACUACUCUGCCGAUCAGGAUUCCGGCAAGUACUCUUCUUCCAGAAAUCAAAUUAAGCCUUCUACACACAUCCCGGCGACUCCGGGAUCUGUGCCACAGGCUAGACCGGAAAAAGUUGCGGCCCUCCCGGACCGCGGUGCCUCUACGACCAACCGAAAAACAGCGCUCUCUGCCGGACCGCUCCCUGCCGCACCGCUCUCUGCUGCACCGCUCUCUGCUGCAGCCUUGAUCCCUCAAGAACUAAGUAACGAAACGGCGGAUAUGAACAUGCCCGAUCACGAGAUUUCGGACAAUGAGAUUUCAACCAGGGAUGAGUCUGACUCCGAACAGGUAGCCAGAAUUGAAGUGGUGACCACCGAGAUGCCCCCGAUAGACUUCGCGUCCGUCGAAAAACUGCUUCAACAACUCGCCCCGGCCGAACCCCCUUCGCAACUGGACCUGGCCAUGAAACGUUUAGAACAAGACAUAAUCCUAAUCCAGGAAACCGUCCACCGCAAUGCGACCGUGGCUCAAUCAUCCGGCCUCGACCAGUUCGUUGCCGAUCAAGCGGUGAAGCUAGGACUCAACGCCACUGAAGUGGAAAAUAUUAUCCGGAAGGUAUUCCUGCGACUCGCGGAAGCCGACUGA